GCAAGAUGGGCGCACCUCGCCGGGCAGUAGCUUAGUCUCUACCUACAAGACAACACACACACUAAAUGUUUCCUAUAGUAACAAUUAACCAAUUGUAUAUUAAUCUUAUUUAAGGGAAACAUAAAACGCGCGCGCGACGAGAAAGAGGCACACACACGUACUCUAUACACACACGCAAGCUCUAUUUUUGUAAUAACGACGUUGUAAUAACGACGUAAAUUCUCAAGUAGUGUGCUCUCGCCGCGAGACAACGCGGUGUGUAAUCUGUACGACCGUUGAAAGAAGGAAAGAGAGAGAGAGAAAAGAGAGAUCGAGCCCGUACUUUAUAACCCGCGCUUCUACGUGGAAGUAGGAAGAGAAAAGGAAGAUCGCGGAGGAACGAGAGGAAGUAUCAUCGCGAAGAGGAGGAAAGAGAAGAACGGGAGCCGAAUAGACACACAGUAGACACAGAAGAGACGACGCAUAGAGGAAGAGAGGAGCGGCCGUUGCUCGUGCAUGUAUACGUGUGUCCGUGUACGAGGCAGCCAGCAGCGGCUAUAGUCGCUGGACGUGCAUAACGUCGGGCCGAGACGGCGACCGCAAGGACGACGUCGAGAACGAUCGCGGGUGGCGAGAAUCGGGUUGGUGGCACCCUCCGGGAACGGAGCAUCGGACGGGGUUUCGAUCGCGGGGAAGGCCGACACGACGUGCCGCCGCCGCUUCCGUCGACAGUGGCAAUAGAGGUGGUGGAGGAUCAGCAGCGGCGCGCUUAAAACGAGAAGCGGCCGAUAAGCGGCGGCGCGGUGCGGCGAGUUUUCCCCUUUGACACACGGUGCAGUCGUCAACGGCGGUCGCGGCGCCGUUAGUCUCUCCGUUUCGCGGCGCGGUGCGGCGCAGCGGAACGCAGCGUGCGUUGUCUCUCUCUCUCUCUCUCUCUCCCUCACUCUUUCUCUCGUUCGCUUCCCUUUUUCUCUCUCUCUCUCUCUCUCUCUCUCUCUCUCUCUCCCUCCUUGUUCCGAGACACUCGUCGGGUGUGUGCGGUGCGUGCAUGGUGCGUUUGAUACGUAUAUAGAGUAACGAGGAAGAUAGUUAAUAACGACGACGACGAAGCCGUUACGGGAAGAGAGGAAGAAGACGUCGUGGAAGCUAAUCGGGCUGGCCGGUGUGCGUACUACCGUGAGGUAGUAGUUGACAACGGCGAUAGCAGUGUAUUCUACGAUCAGUGUCGCCGGUGAGCGAGGAAAACUCGUGCGGUGCGGCAAGUGACGACUUUGUCGGACGGGAAACGGACGAGAGAGGAACGGCGAGGAGGCGCCGACAAGCAAGAGGAGAAGAAGGAGAAGAAGGAGGAGGAGGAGGUGAAGGAACCGGAGUGGCGGCGCUAAAGCGACCGGCGGCGACGGCUGACGGUGGUUUUUAGGCUGCGCGCCGGCGUAUUAUUGUUAUUAUUGUUAUUAUCAACGCGACUGUGCAGCUGUAUCGUCCAUUCGACGGAACACCACGACGCAGCAACCACAAGGCCGCUAACAUGUCUGUGAGAUUGGAAAACGUGGCCACGAGGAAGAUGAAUUAUAAAAUGAGUAUGAAUACAAACGGACCGAGGCCGACAUACGUAGGCGCCAACAACGGUAACGCGGGCGGCGCCGGCGGAGGCGGCGGUGGUACUGGUGGCGGCGGCGGCGCCGCCAAUACUGGUAGCGUCGGCGUAGGACCCACGACCGGCGCGGGUAACGCCGGAUUGAAGGGCAACACGGGCGGCGGACCGCGGGGCGGCAAUCCGGUGCAGUAUCGUGCGAGUGGAGGCGGUGGUAGCGGUGCCGUCGCGGCCGCCUGGAGCACGGCGCCGUCUCACGCAGCCGCGGCAGCAGCGGCGGCCGCUUACCCGCCUUACACGCGACACCCGAGCGCGGCUGCGGCGGCCGCCGCGGUCGCCGGUGGUCCUCAACAGCUGCCGGCAUCCGCAAAUCCCUUCGUCACCGCCACGUACGCGCAGCAUGCGACGUAUGGUGGACAGCGGGUGCCUACAGCUUCAUCUCCGGCGAAUACUAACAGCAGCUCUAGUAGUGCCACUGGCAGCCAAAGUGGGACAAUGAGCACGAGUCUCAGCAACAACGCUAUGCAGGGUCAACAGGCGGAGCAGCUGUCCAAAACAAAUCUAUACAUCCGUGGCCUCAAUCAGAAUACGACUGACAAAGACCUCGUUAAUAUGUGUUCUCAAUACGGAACUAUAACCUCCACCAAGGCAAUUUUAGACAAAAAUACAAACAAAUGUAAAGGUUACGGAUUUGUAGACUUCGAGUCACCGAUGGCGGCAGAGGGUGCUGUCAAAGCACUGGUCGCCAAGGGGAUACAAGCGCAGAUGGCGAAAGUGGGUAUCUGGUUGCUCCGUAGACUGGACAGUGCGUGGUUGUGCAUGCAACAACAGGAGCAGGACCCCACCAAUCUGUACAUUGCCAAUCUACCGUUGACCUUCAAGGAGAACGACGUCGAAGCAUUGCUGGCUCAAUACGGACAGGUCAUUUCAACUCGCAUCCUUCGCGACACUUCGGGUCAAAGCAAAGGUGUCGGAUUCGCAAGAAUGGAAUCUAAAGAAAAAUGCGAGCAAAUUAUCCAGAUGUUCAACGGAAAAGCGCUGCCAGGCGCAAAAGAUCCUUUAUUAGUUAAGUUCGCUGAUGGUGGAAACAAAAAGAAAUCGUUGUUCAAGAGUACAAUAUGGAGAGAAACUGGAGAAAACAUGACUUUGAAUUACGACACAAGCGGCGUCGGCCAGAACGGCGUUGCUGCGACUCACAUGCUUCCCGCGGCGACUCUAACGCAGUACAGCCGUCACUACGGUCAGGCAUUGCCUGGUUACAGUGUGCCAGGCACUCCCUGGGUGGCACCUUAUCUCGUGCAUCCUUCCCCACCACAUAUGCAACAGGUUGACGAAACCGCGUUCAAUUGCUGUUUUAGCUUUAACAAGAUGAUACCGUCGGCCGAUCCUAGCAAUCCGCAGUACAGUAUGAUUCCUCAGCUUACCACGCAGAUGUCUACUUUGCAUCUCGGCACUGGUUCCUACAUAGCGAGCCCGCAUCCCUAUCCUUACACCACUUACCCCGCCCCUAGCAUCAUUCACACUAUGCCACUGGGCGAGUCGGAGCAGACGAGUAACGCGGCGUCCCCCGACGAUUCCUAUCAACAAUACCAGGCUCAACAGCCUAAGUAGGCCACGGUUUAUAAUAGAUGUACGAUCACGUUAAGAGUUACAUAAGUUAGAAAAGGCAUACUGAUUGAGAGAGAGACGCAUCAAGAGACACGCGUAGAAUGAGCGACAGCAACCGACACCGAGCGGGAUUAUACUAAGAAGAAUAUAGAUUUGAAACAAAAACUACAUUACGUAACGGAUAAGAUUCUUCCUCACGAUAAAUUGACUUGCCAGCGAUGUUUUAUACGUUUUAUCCAUCAGUAAAUAGGGGAAAGUAGUUGAUAUUUUGCAACGAGUAGGCAGAAUGAAUGUUGAAAGAAUGUGUAAGCGCGAAAGAGAGCGAGUAAAGAGAGAGAAAGACAGAAUACAAUUGAAGAAAUAGAGGAGAAAAAAAAACAUGAGAGUGAUUACGUGUCAUCCGGGCGGACUAGCAUGUGCUUCCGCACCGAUAUGGCUUCAUUAAAACGAUCUAUAUAACGGUAACACGUACACUCCCAUGUGCAUACAUAGAUACACACACAUACACACAGUGAGAAAAAAAUUAUUUACGAAGGACAGUUUAGUGUCAAGCUGAUAGGCUUCCAUGAUGUAACUUUAGGUAUUACGUUUACUAAGAACAGAUGAGACAGAAAUUGGUCGAAAUUGAUCUUGAGAACUCGAGAGUAUGAAUAAGUAUUUUAACGAGUAAGAGAGAGAGAGAGAGAGAGAGAGUAUGUGCGUGUGCAAAUUGUAAGGGAAAAAACGAAUAAAGGAGAAGAAAAAGUAAUGCUGCUCAGAAAUAUAUAAAGGAGAAUUCUUCCUAAGAAAAUAAUAGUAAAUAAUAAUACGGAGAGAAAGAGAAAGAGAGAGAGAGAGAGGGAGAAAGAUGGUGAAAGGAGGGAAAGAAAGACAGAAUGCGCUACUUCCAAAUGAUAGGAUUGACAGAUAUAACAUCGAGAGGAGAAAUUCGAAGAUUCAGAAUUAUGACUACAAAUUUCGAAAAUGGCGCUCAUUUGCGGAACUUCUUCGUUAAGAACGUGCUUGGAAGCACGCGUCUUCCACGAGAGCGUACACUUCACCCUCAGAUCUAUAUUUCACAUACAGAUUACGUAGACUACACAGAUACACCGACAAAAACAAUAAUACACUCUUAUUGUUCACGAGUUCACGUGUUCUCUUUUCGGGUUUUUCUUUUUUUCCGUUUUGUUAAGAUGUUCAGAGACAUUCCAAACCGGGCAUAUAUGAGCACAUCGCCGCGUAAAGCUUUUUUUUAAAUGAUAUUUUUGCCUUUUUUGUAACGACAAAUUAUUAUUAGUUUAACAAAAAAAAAAAAAAAACUUUCUUUUUCGAACACACGAAAGAGGGUAAUCAUUUCCCGUACUUAUUUUUGGAUGAAUAUUAUUCUGGUUCCUAAAUUUCUUCAUCACGUCAGUUCUAAAAAAUUUGCGAAGAAGCUAUUUGAAUAUAUUUUAUUAUCUUAUACUUAAUUGUGAUUUACAACAAAACUUUUUCAACACGGCACAUACGUAGCAAUAAAUAAUAAAAUAUAUGAAAAUAGUCCAUUUUUGCAACCUUAAAUUUCUGAAAAUUAAUAAUUUUUUAGAAUGUGAUGUGAUGGAGCAAUUUGAAAAUUGUAUUCAGCGGACGUAAAAGACGGAAAAUGAUUAUUCUUUUUCUUGCUUUUUUCUUUGUUAAUUUAUACAUAACUUUUGAAGACAAAUUGGAAAAAGAGAAAUCACGACGAUAAAAUUUUGUUUGUAAAAUGUGAAAAUGGAAAAAUUUCGAGAUAUACUGGAUAUUAAUUAUUGUGCGAAGAACGAAAGAAAAACACUCUUUGUAUUAUAUUUAUAAUGAUUACGCUACGGAUCAAUAUUGAUUUUUUAAUUGUACAGCUUAAAUACAAAUUUUUUUUAGAAUCGUGCCUUUGCAGACAGAUCCGUUAAAUGAGAGAGAAAAAGAGAGAGAAAGUAAAGGAUACAAGGAAAAAGAGAUUGUUAUAAUAUAUUUUUACGUAUCGAUAAAUUCAGAUGCGACGCCAAAUUUGGUUUUCUAGUUAAUAUAUCUGUAAUUGUUUUCACGUUAUAAAUAUCUCUAUAUACAUUUGUUUUCGUUAUCAAUUUGAUAGAUUUUGUACAUGUAAUUGCAUGCAUUAUCGAACGGAAUUGGACUGUAAGAGAGAAGAAAAAAUAGACACAUACGCGUAUAUCACGGGCGGUCCAUAAUAAAGAUAAAAAAACAUCUUUAAGAAAGUCUCUAGAAAAAUCAAACUACGAUGAAUCGAGAAAGAGAGCGCGAGAUAACGAGAGAAAGGAAAGGAUGAGAGUAUGUUUGAGAUAGAGAGAGAGAAAAAAAAAAAUAAAAGUGGGUUUGUUACACAAGACAAGUAUAACUAGAGUGUAAAUUAAUUUAUUUUAUCGAGGAAACGCGCGUUACUGUCGGAAAAAGGAUAGACGGGAAGCAAAGAUAAAGAUGCAUCGAUCUACAAUUGUACACACAUGUAUACGUAUACACACACAUAUACACACGCGCGUGCGCGUGUUUAAACAGAUCGAGGAGAGAGAAAGAGAGUAAUCGAGACGAUAUUUUGUCAUCUUUCAAGAUGUUAAAAUUAAUAGUUGUAAAUAAAUCAUAAAGUAACAUCGCGCGAGAAUAUUCGUCAAUCAGAGAGAAGUUUCGAUUUAAGAAGGUUGAAAAUCUUUAGAGCAUUGUUACGCCACUUUGCGCGAUAACUUUGUAUUUACUAAAAUAAGUAUAUUUUGCCAAAAAAAAAAUUGAAAAUUUGCGAAAGUAACUGAUUAUAUUAUUUGAAUCCAUUAAAAUCAUCAUGUUGCCCGUUUGGGUCUUGAUUAUUCUCACGUUACACCUACGUCCAACGAGAUCUCCAUCUCUUCCCUCUCCUGUGAAUGCCUCCUCUCCUAACUCAUCACCAUCAUCAUUUGUGCAGCCGGCAGAGUUUUGUAUUGUCUGACAUGGAAUUGAUAGUCAAGGAUCGAGUGAAAGAGCGAAAGAGAGGGAGAAAAUGUAGAAAAGCUUUUUACCAAAAAUAUGCGAGAGCUGCAGGCUAUUCGCGUGACAUAUAAGAAAAUGAUGAAGAUGAAGGCAGAAAUGACAAUGGCGAUGGCAGCAAGCACAGGUAGUUAGAGUUUUAGAGAGAGAGAGAGAAAGAACGAACGAGCGAAAGAAAGCAGAGUCGUGUAGUUAUUAUUAUAAUAUUACAAUAAUGACGAUGUAUUAUUAUAAUUAACGAUUUACUAUUAUUGAUGUCAUCUAAACGUAUGAAAGAUUUUUACACUGUUGAGACUUGAAGUAAAUAAUAUAUUUAGUUUAUUUUGGUACAUCACGAUUUGAUGACGAGAGAGUGAGAGAGAUAAAUUGAAAAAAAGGAGAUGAAGAAAGGCGAAGUACGAGCUAUUUUUUAAGAGACAGACUUAUUACUCGAUUUGACUCCACACAUUAAAGUAAAAAGUAAAAAAAAAAAACCAGAGGGUAAGUGCGAAAGAGAGAGUGACUGCGAGAUAAAGAGUGUGUAUGAGAGAGAGAGAGAGGGAAUAUAAAGCCGAGAUGGAAGUGAGAGUGAGAGGAGCAUCUUUUAGCGAGUGCGUAUAGUGUAUUUGUUGCACAAGGCGAGAUUGUCACCAAUUGACUGACAAAAAAAUCCAUAUGUGAUUUUAAUAGUAAAUUUUGAGAAUUUUACUAAAUAGACUUGUAUACAACUAAAAAAAAAAAAAAAAAAAAAAAAAAAAAACUAAAGUAAUUAUCGUGACCGACCAAACGAAAAAAAAGAAGAGGGAGAAAAGUGAGUUAACAGAGCAGCAUUAUAGUUGCGCCGACCCGUUUAGAAGGGGAUGAGGACGCACGAAUAGUGCGUCCAACAUCCUCAAAUACAGGCAAGGAAAUUCCGUAAGAAGAUGGAGAGAGA